AUGAACACCAACGCUCUUCAAGCUUAUCAUCCCACUUCUGAUUCCGAAUAUAAUAUCUUUUUAAAUAAAAAUUUUAUUUCAUCGGACGAUAGCUUCAAUCAAUAUUUUUCAACUGAAAUCGCAUUUCAAGCUGACCAACCUAUUGACAUAAAUUGUUAUUAUCCUUGCCAACAAUUUCCUCCUUACGGUUCUCCUGAUAGUUUUUCUGAAUACGAACCUAGUUCUGACGGUUAUUCGUCGUGUCCUUCGGUUAUUUCUUCUCCAAAUUUAACCACUGACACAAUGUUUUAUCCUCAAGACAAUACUGAUUCUUUUGAUUACUCUGCAGAAAGUCUAUACCAAGAUAUGACUCUUGAUACUUUUCAAUAUCCAGAUCUUGGCUUGAUGACUUGUUCUGAUCCUUCCGUUGGCGAUUUAAAAUUGGAUAUCUCGUGUGUUGGUCAACCUAACGAUUCCACAGAUUUAUUAAAUACUUUCGGUCAACCGGUUAUGUUUAAUUUUGUUCCUGCUACUCCUCUUUCUCCAUCAAAAUCUUCGGCUAUUCUUCCUUAUAAUUCAAAUAUGAAUUCUCAUCCAAAUAAUGAAAUUCAAUCUUCAAUGCCAAUCGCUAAUACUCCUCAAAUUGGUGAUGCAGAACAUCAAAACAAACAAAAAUCUCUUCCAAAAAAAACUGAUUCUGGUUCAUCACGUACUAAGGUAACACAUAGAAGCCACAGAAGGUCACUUCCUAUUGGUAUGGUCGAAAGAUUACACACUAUGAAUUUGGCGCCACCAAAACCAUCUCGUAAAUCAAAAACUUGUUCCCCAUUUUCAUGUCCUUAUGAGAAUUGUACAAAAACUUUUACCAGGCAAUACAACCUUAAAUCUCACCUUCGAACUCAUACUGAUGAAAGACCUUUUCUUUGUGGAUAUCAAGGUUGUAUGCGCGCUUUUGCACGACAACAUGAUAGAAAGAGACAUUAUAAUUUACAUUUGGGUUUCAAGCCUCACGUUUGCAACCAUUGUGGCCGUGCUUUCGCUAGAUUAGACGCUUUAAACAGACAUCUUAGAUCUGAUAGUGGUGCUCCUUGCGCUCAAGCCACUCUUCCAAAUACCGGUGCAAAAAAAUUUAAACCAAUUAGCAUGUAA